UAAACACUCUAUCUCUCUCUCUCUCUCUCCAUUUGUCCAUAUAAUCGAGUCAUACCGACGGCCAUUUUUUCACCACCUUCAAAUCUUUCUCACCCAAAUGUACUGAGGUUUCUUCCUCACACCCAACCCUUUCUAUCUUUCUAUCUCUUCUUCUUGAUCCCAUCCGUUACACUCAAGAAACUCUCUCUUUCAAUUUAUUUUUUUUUCAUCUGCUUUUUCGCUCUAUUUAAUUUUUUUUUUCUUCAAGAAGAUAUCAGUAUACAAAAGGGUUUUGGUUUUGGUUUCGGUUUCGUUUAGCUUGCUUCAAAGGUUAAUAUACUAGAAACCAAAACAAGAACAAGAAAAAAGAAAAGUAAAAAAAAGAAGAUCAUCAUGUUGGAUCUCAAUCUUGAUAUCAUCUCUAGUGAGUCUUCUUGUGAUGGUCACCACCACCACCGCCACCACAACAACAACAACAACAACCACAAGAAUAUGGUAGUAAGCAGAGAGCUUGAGAAUAAUGAGCUCCCAGCAGAAGAGGCUGCUUCUAGAGCACAAAUGGAGGAUUCAGGCAUAUCUAACUCCUCCAUUAUCAUCAACAUAGAAGAAGCUUUAACCAAUCCAGGAGACGAGAACUCCUCCAACUCUGCAUUGAUUUUUGAUAUCUUGAAGAAAGAGAAAAAUGAUGCCAACCACAACAAUAAUGCUUUCAGAGAAAGCGACCCACUUCGAGAUUUCACUACCCACCAACCUUUUCCUGUGAGAAAUACUGGGUUAGAAUUGGAUUUGCAGUCUGGAUUUUCCAAGAUAAGGCCUCAAUGGUUAAAAUUAUCACAGAUGGAACCUAGUGGUGGAGCAGAGCUGAAAAUUGUGCAGCAAAAGCAGCAGCAAAUGAGAAAGAGCAGGCGAGGUCCCAGGUCCAGAAGUUCUCAGUAUAGAGGAGUAACAUUUUACAGGAGAACUGGCCGCUGGGAGUCUCAUAUAUGGGAUUGUGGGAAGCAAGUAUAUUUAGGUGGAUUUGACACUGCCGUUGCUGCAGCAAAAGCAUAUGAUCGAGCUGCAAUUAAGUUCAGAGGAGUUGAUGCAGAUAUCAACUUUAAUUUAAGUGAUUAUGAUGAAGAUAUGAAGCAGAUGAGAAACCUGGGUAAAGAAGAAUUUAUUCAUACACUUCGUCGCAAAAGUACUGGAUAUGUUCGGGGUAGCUCGAAAUACAGAGGUGUAAAUCUUCACAAAUGUGGUAGAUGGGAAGCUCGAAUGGGACAGUUCCAUGGAAAGAAGGCUUACGAUAUAGAAGCCAUCAAAUGUAAUGGAAGAGAUGCAGUAACCAAUUUUGAACCUAGUGUUUAUGGAGGGGAGAUCACUUUUUAUUCAAGCAGUAGAGGGAGGAGUGACCACAAUCUUGAUUUGAGCCUUGGAAUUUCUUCUUCAGCAAAUGAUUCGAAGGCGAAUAACAAUGUUGAAAGUGCUGCUUCUACACCAGGUUUACAGACCCUUCACAAUCUGCCAAUAGCAUCAAAGAACCUGCCAACAUUGUCUGGCAUAUAUCCUGGAUUUUUACCAAGGAUUCAGGAAAGGGUUGCAGAGAAGAGGGUGGAAGCGGAUUCUUCACCAAAAAGCUCAAGCUGGCUAUGGAAAAUAAAUGGAAACAACAACAACAGCAAUGUUGCUACAGUUUCAGAGAUCUCAUCAUCGUUUGCAGCAUCAUCAGGAUUCUCUUCAUCAGCAACAAUCACUGCCUCUUCAACAACCUUUCCAUUCAACCACCAAAGUCAUUCUGUGAACAAUCAGUUCCUCACAACGCCAGUCACAUCCACCACAAACUGCUUCCAUUACUACUCCAAAAGGAGCUCAAAUUAGCAGUUCCAGGGUGCUUUUGUCGCUAUGCUCUUUAGAAUGUUAGGUGAGCAGAGGAAAAAAAAAAAAAAAAAAAGAAACUGAAGAGCAAUUAUUAUUCUGUAGGGCCACUUUCUAUUUAGAGUGUAUCAUAUGAUCUGAAGCAAAGAUUUGUCCUCACAACUGCCAUGGAAAAGCCUUUUUUCAUUAGUGGCUUUAAGCAAGGGAAGAUAAGAUCUAACCUUAGCUUAAUUUGAUAAAGAAUUUAUAUAGAGUAUUAUAUAUAUAUAA